AGAGAGGGAAAAAGCAGAAGGAGACCAGAGGUGCCCAGGUAGUGCUGGGCAUGGGCAGGGGCACACUGCCACCUGCAGUUGCCUUUGAUGCCUCUUGGUGCCUUGUGUUGACUUCUUAGAGAUCUAGGGAGUAAGGUCUGGCUCUCUUCCGUCUUAACCCAAGGUUGGUUGGGACUCUGCAAUCUGGCCAAGGGACGUGUUGUCCUGUCCCUUCUCCCUUAGGUCACCAAAAGGCAGUCAGGUGAGGUACCCUGUCUAGCCCAAAAUGAUCUCGGACCCCCGGUGCUGGUCUCACCCUGGUGAGGCUGUCCCUGAUGCUUGGCCUUCUCUCCAGGGAACCAGUGGAUGAGGUGCUGCAGAUCCCCCCGUCCCUGCUGACAUGCGGCGGCUGCCAGCAGAAUAUCGGGGACCGCUACUUCCUGAAGGCCAUCGACCAGUACUGGCACGAGGACUGCCUGAGCUGCGACCUCUGUGGCUGCCGGCUGGGCGAGGUGGGGCGGCGCCUCUACUACAAACUGGGCCGGAAGCUCUGCCGGAGAGACUAUCUCAGGCUUUUUGGGCAAGACGGUCUCUGCGCAUCCUGUGACAAACGGAUUCGUGCCUAUGAGAUGACGAUGCGGGUGAAAGACAAAGUGUAUCACCUGGAAUGUUUCAAAUGUGCCGCCUGUCAGAAGCAUUUCUGUGUAGGUGACAGAUACCUCCUCAUCAACUCCGACAUAGUGUGCGAACAGGACAUCUACGAGUGGACUAAGAUCAAUGGGAUGAUAUAGGCCCGAGUCCCCGGGCAUCUUUGGGGAGGUGUUCACUGAAGACACCGUCUCCAUGGCAUCUUCGUCUUCACUCUUAGGCACUUUGGGGGUUUGAGGGUGGGGUAAGGGUUUUCUUAGGGGAUGGUAGACCUUUAUUGGGUACCAAGGAAUAGCAUCCAAGUGGCAUAAUUCAAGGGCUGGCACUUCAAGGUGACAGAGGACCAGCCCUUAAGGGAGAGCUUGCGGCCACAGCCAUCUGUGGUAACUAACAUGACUAGCAGAAGACAGGAACAUUUAGGGGCAAGCAGGCACUGUGCGGUCAUGAUGGAAUUUCAUAUCCACAGAUAGGGAGUUGUUGUGUAAAGACUUGUUGUGACUUUGAUGCUUGCAAACUAGAGAUGUGCAAUUGAUUUCUUUUCUUCCUGGGUUUUGUAACACCCCUGUUUCAACGACUGUCCUCCACACAAGGGAAGGACAGAAAGGAGUGGCCAUUCUUUUUUUCUUGGCCCCCUUCCCAGGGCCUUAAGCUUUGGACCCAAGGAAAACUGCAUGGAGACACAUUUUGGUUGAGAAUGGAAACCACAACUUUUAACCAAACAAUUAUUUAAAGCAGUGCUGAUGAACCACUGUUUUUAGACACCUUCAUUUCGAGGUGAGGAGCUCCACAGAUUGUUUCUAUACAAAUAUAAAUCUUAAAAAAAAAGUUGUUCAACUAUUUUAUUAUCCUAGAUUAUAUCAAAGUAUUUGUCGUGUGUAGAAAAAAAAAAAACCAGCUCUGCAGGCUUAAUAAAAAUGACAGACUGAAA